AACCAAUAGAAAUUACAAUCAAUCAACCUUAAUCAGCCUAGCGACAAACAAAAAAUGGAAGUUGUUGAAACUCAUCUUUACACGGCGCUACACUAAUAACAUCCCUUACUAGCAUCCUAGCGAUCAUUACCUUACUACCCGUUAGUAUCGAAACUACCUGCAUUUCUCGCGUUUUUAAUCGAUCCUUCGAUUUUGUAAUCCUCUGCAUUACUAAGAGAUAGGGUGCCAUGUUUUUAGUGCGAGAGAUGUGACAGCUGUCACAACACAUCCAUUGAUAAAAAAAAACAGUGGUUAAGCGGCUUCGGAGUGAGCUGCAGAAGGGAAAAGAAAAUACACUCGGAAUGCGUCACUUGUUCGACUUUGUGUAGGGUGGUUGCGGUUGUAAAAUUUCACCGAACUCGGCAUCGUCUAGUGGAUUCCAUGCAUCAGACGCUAGCAGAGGCAGAAGCUAUCGGUAUCGGAUCAUCGAACAGAAACGAUCAUCAGAUCAGAGGAUCCAGCGGCAGAAAAAAAGCAACUUGGUAAAGGUAAACCCGGUAAUGGGUAACGAUCGUUUUGCACUGUGUGUGAGUGUUGGUUUAAAAGCACGUGUAUUUUAUGACCUUUUUCCCUCGUGUGUGCUAUUGCGUGAUAUGAAGUGAAGCACAUCAUUUGGUAAGCGUUCACCCGUUUGAUCGUGUGUUAAGUUCCUGUGAACCGUAAAAUAUGAGGAUUGUUUUCUAAUGAACUUUGACAGCUCUUGUGAAUGACAGGUGCUACUAAGCGUUUUUUCGCCAACCAGAUAGCCCUGAGCAAUCUCUUUCGUCGGCAUUCUACUCCAUGGAAAUCGAUUGCACACUUGCUGUUUGCAGAUAACGCAAACCCAUCCCUAACGCAGGUACAGAAGGAUCAGCAAAUAACAGAUGCAAAACUGAACGAGAUACGGCGAGCAGCUUGAAGAAAGCUUUAAGCUUUCAGCUACAUAAUCAUCAUUCAUCAUCCUCAUCGUCCAAUACCAACAUGCGCUCCUUCGUCAAGCUUUUUUGGAGAGCAGCAAACCAAUAGAUUAAAAAUAAAGGAAAAACCAAAACCAAAAAUUACCCCCUCCCACAAAAAAACCCGUUCACCGUGGCCUAGCUGGCAGGCACGGUUCGGCGAAAGACAUACUAAAUAAUAUUAAAACAAAAGAAAAAAACAAAGAUAAUAAAAUGAAAUGUUAACAAAUUUUUGAAAGGUUUUCUUGUUUUAUUUUGUAUUAUUAACGAAGCAGAAUAGAGGGGGAGGUGACAGAAAUGGAAGAUGAGGAAAAAAAACAGAAGUAGGAAGAGCAGAUCGAAAGAGAGAAAAAGAGAAAGAGUAGUAAAUAAAUUAUUAAGAAAAUCAUGCAGCUAAAUAUGGUGCAAUAGAAGAUUAGGGUGGAAAAGUAAAUGAACCACAACAAGGAAAUCAUAAGCCGUUCACAGCGUGUGAGUGCAAUAAUUGUCAAACGUCCGAUUUUAGACAAAUCAGGCUACCAAACAUUACACUGAUUGUGCGGUGCAACCGAAUGGCAGAAAAAGCAAACCUAACAUCGAAUUACGAUUACAUUUCGUUUUCUGAUUGCUGUCAAAUUGAUGGACAGUGCGGUACAAUACUAUAAAACAGCACGGUAAACGGGCGUGAACAAAGAGCAUAUUAUAAUUGAACAUUUAAUAAAAAAAAGAAAACACUAUUCGGCCGCAAAAGCAAAAACCAAACUUCAGCAGUUCUGAACAUAUUCUUCCCGCGGGAACUAUCCUAACCCGGUUCCGGUUCCUUACUUAGGCUUGCGUUCUGAGACAUAAAAAAAAACUCACAAAAACGGUCAAUUGCUAGGCUAUUUUAAAACGUUAUUGGUGAAACAUUGUUUGCAUCCUUGAACGCCAUUAGUUUUGCGUGUGGUUGCUUGGGCGCAAAAAAGCAACAAAAAAAUCGUACAGAAGGAAGAAACACACAUUAAAGGAAUAAAUACAAACAAAAAAAAAAGAAAUCGUACAUAUCUGUUGAGACGUGUAUGCUGUUGUUGUUAAUGUUACGUUUUUGUUUUCAGCAUUCCACGUCUUCAAUACGAGCACAAUGCGGUAGAAAAUGAAGCAAUGGCCUUGGUGCGCUUUCAUGUUCAGGGUUUUAGGGGCGCAACAAACAGUAACAAAACAUAAUGGUUCACGUUUUAUCAAUUCCGCUGUUGUAUUAUGUUAAACGCUCUCUUCAAACGCUACUUGCAGUUAUUGUUCUCUUCUGAAAGAGCUGUUGAUAAUGAAAGCAAAAUGCAAAACUAAAAUGCACCUAUGCGAAAAGCAAAAAAAAACUUCAAAGUUUGCAUAUAAAAGAAAACGAAAAAAAAUAAACAACAUAAUGCAUGUGCAAAUUGUUCGGGCUGGUUAGAAAAAAAAGGACAACGUUUGGAAAAGGUGAACAAAAUAAUAAGAAAACCAAAAGUUUUCGAUUGAAUGAUAAAAGAAACUAAUCAACAACAUUGUCUGCUACUAAUAAAACAGAAAGCGAACAUGCGAACAUAAUAUAAGAAGAUAAGACAGAGAAACAACAGAGAAAAAAUGCAACCCAAAACAAUUGUUAUUCACGUUACACAAUUUGCUAAUUAUUAGUAGGCAUUAAAAUAUGGUUACAAAUGUAAAUAUUGCACAAUUGCGCAAAUAAACAAACAAACAAAAAUGGGACGGCGGAAAACCGUCCCAUACCAACCAAUAAGAGAAGCUAAGCGUAGACCUUGUAGUAUAGUAAGAAAACCAAACAUUACACAUGUUAGCAAGGAUGGAACGGAUGGUAUGGAAGGAACGACUUCGGUGGGCGGGGAGAAACGAGGCAAGUUUGGCGUCCACAGGCAAACAAAACGAAAACAAAAACACAAAACUGGUGGCUUACAGCAAAGGAGCGCAGGCUGUACUAAGCUCGGCCACUUACGACUUCCAAGCAUUUGUGCUGAAGUGCGAGUGGUGUUGAUUUUUACCCGUCCAAUUACAGCAAAAGGUGUUUGUGUGUGUUACACGGUGGGAGACGUUUUUUGCAAUUAAAUUUGAAAUGUAUGUAUUAUUGUGUGUGAGUGUGCGCGUGUGUGAAGCGAUCGAUGAUCGGAUCACAAAACAAAACAAAACAAAACCGGAAAAUACACUAAGGAUUAACAUUGGACGGCUUAGUAUAUUGGAGGGUAGACGAAACGAAUACAUACCGUUUACUUUCGCGGGUCGAUUACUCAACUAAAGGCCACCUAAAAUGUCUGCUUCUGGCACUCGAAUUAAACACUACUCUGCUGCUACCUUUUCUUCUACCAGCACUGUUUACCAAGCUCCUGAAUGUGUGAACUUUCUUGACAAAAUUUCUCCCUUGAAGCUUGCAGAAAGCUGCAUUUUCUACAAGCAGGCACACUUCACAUGCCAAUUACUUUCGGCCCCAAAGACUGUGCUCUUCAAUUGCCACCGUUGCCCUCUAAAGCGUUCCAACCUCUUUGGCUUGACUCGUGAUAGGGAAGGCCUCCUACCCCGUUCACUCUCCACUCCUGAUGGGUGACCCCGCAUGGGGUUUUUGGCAAAGGAAUAUAAAUAUAUAAAUAAAUACGCAAACAGCAAAGAAAAAAAAAACGUAGUCAAUUUGUAUCAUACUUUCGUUUCACGGGCGCGUGAACGUUUCCCAAUUCCGCGCUGCUUUUCGGUGGUUCUAGGUUUUCCAACGAGUUUUCCGCAUUUGCAAAGAACAAAAUAAAACAUUGUGCAAACGUUAAAUAUACAUAAAAUACAUGGCACACCACACAACGGACGGUAGACGAGUAAAGCAAACAAACGAACAGACAAAACAUGCAGAAUAGCAGAAAAUUCCUUGCCAUACUAACCCUAAAUACUCUUAUACACAAGUGUGCUCUUGUUUUUUGCAUUAGAAAUAAUGUAGCGAAAAUGGUUAAAAAUACGCCAGAAGAAUCAAAAGAAAAACAAAGAAUAACGGUAGUAAAAAAAAAGCAACGCAGACAGGAAUAACUUUAGCAAAAGCCAUUUUUGCAAAACAGUACUUUUAACAUUGCCGAUAAAAGGAAACUAAGCGUAUGCUAAGGUGUAUUGGUUGGGCUUUUUUAUUCGUUUUUUCAUUACCUAUAAAGUGCAAAAAAACCCCCGAAACGUAAAUAUAAGUAACAGAUCAACACGCACACAGACAUCAACACACGGAAACAUAUGCGUUGCAGUUAGUGUAGUAAAGAUAAAGAAAAAAAUCAAGAGAAGUAAAGUAAUGUUAAACAAACAGAACGAAAAGUGAAAAUGAACGUGAAUCAUAAACAUGUUUUUU